UCCUGCAUGGCCAGACUUCUUACCAGAAGCAACCUGACGGCAAACUUCUCCAGUUAUUCACCAGAUGUGCUGCUUUUCUUCCCGCUCGACCAAGUCAAAGAUCUAGUCUGCAAAGCGUUUUACACAGUGGCUUCUCAAGGGGACCUAAGCCUGUUAGCCAAUGGAUCUGCUCAGAGGACCCACCUCCUGGAGAAUGCAUUGAGUUGCUUUGGAGUGGGGAAUGCCUCACUCAGCAAAGAGCAGCUGCAAGCACUGGGGGCCUUUGUGUGUGACAUGGGUGCCGCCACCAUUGGCUUCUCUGACCCGUCCAUCCUGGAGAAUCUGAAACGGUGCCCUGAUCUCACGGCCUCCCAGAAAACCGCCCUCAACACGCUCCUGAGCAGCGGCAAGACCUCGUCUGGGGCUCCCCAGUCCUGGGAUGAAGAAACUCUUGAAGACCUGGGGCCUCUCGCUCUCUACAUAAACCGCACGACGUGGGGUUCCAUUAACCAGGAAGAGAGGACUAUCUUCCUCAGGAACGUUGCGGAGGGCUACGGCAGUCAAAGUGCUUCACAGAGGGAGAAAACACUCCUCUUCUUAACAGAAGUUGGACCGAAUCCUGCUUCCUCUCCCAGGAGAAAACGAGCAACAGAAUCUUGCCAGUCCACUCCCAUCACAGCCAGCACCCUGGAAGACGACCUUCUCAUCCUCCAGUAUGACAGUGCCCAGCAGUUUGACGCGUGUCUGAGCAACGAGGUGUUGAGAGACAACCUGGCCUCUUUGCUUGACCAGCCUCUCCCCAAUGACUACCUGCUUGUGAUUAAAAGAAAAUUAGACGAGAUCUACAAUGGUGAGAUUCCCGAGGACCAGCUGGCUCUGCUGGGCUACCUUUCACGUCUGUACAGUGCUGAUGAGAUCGGCGGGUGGAAUGUGACGUCAAGCGACACGCUGACUGCUCUGCUGAACCGGAAUAAUGGCGCCUGGGAACCUGCUCAACUCAGGCGGCUGGUUGGGAGAUACCUGGAGCUGGGGGGCACCCUCACUGGCCCAUUGCUGGACGUGCUGGAGGGGCCAUACCUGUGCCUUCUGGAUGAAGACCAGCUGCAGCAAAUCAGCCCGGAAGCCAUUGCGCACACCGGAAAGUUAGAUCUCUCUUCUUGUUCCCAAGGCAAGAAAGACAUCCUUUACCAAAAAGCGCACACUGCCUUUGCCAGCCAAGAAGGAACCGAUGCGUAUUAUCCCUUAAUUCAGCCAUAUCUAGGUGGGGCUCCAGUUGAGGACCUGAAAGCACUGGCAGCAUCUGAGGUGGCUAUGGAUAUCAAUACCUUUAUUAAUUUAAACCCAGAGGAAUUAAAGGAACUGAGCGUCCAGGAUGUGAGAGGUUUGCUGGGGAUACAUUUACCUGAUCUGAAAGAAGUUGAAAACCACACUUCUGUCGCCAUGUGGAUCAGGGCCCAGCUUCAGUCUGAUCUGGACACCCUGGGGAUUGGCCUCCAAGGAGGGAUGAUGACUCCAUCUUCCACUGAAGCCAGCAGCACAGCAGUGGGAGUCCCUAUUGCCAGUGGCCCCCCAUCAGCAGAUACCUCUGUCACUCCCACCAUGGGGUCAACCCUCUCUGCCCCGAGCAGCACUGCUCCUUUGGGCUUUAAGGCGACGACUGUUACUACCAUUGGCAUAGUCCCCAGUGCUGAUUUCCCCACCAGUCUCAUGGCUGCCUCCUCCAAGGUAACAGCUACUUCGGAAGAGACCACCACCCGAUCACCGGCCACUGAGGCAGAUGUCAACAUGACGACCCCUGGCGAAUUCACACUAGAUUCCAGCACCGCCACGUCCAACGCCGUAGCUCUUCCUCUCGUCCCUGUCUUAUCCAAUGUCACCUCCACUUCAAAUGAGACCACCACCCGAGCACCAGCCACCACAUCAGAUUUCAGCACAAUGGCCCCUGGCGAAAUCACAGUAGAAUCCAACACCACAGCUCUUCCUCCCAUCCUCAUGGACUCCACCACUGCUGUCCCAACCACCCUCAUCCCUGUCUUCUCCAAUGUCACCUCCACUUCAAAUGAGACCACCACCCGACCACCGGCCACUGUGACAGAUUUCAACAUGACGACCCCUGGCGAAAUCACACUAGAUUCCAGCACUGCCACGUCCAACACCGUAGCUCUUCCUCUCGUCCCUGUCUUAUCCAAUGUCACCUCCACUUCAAAUGAGACCACCACCCGAGCACCAGCCACCACAUCAGAUUUCAGCACAAUGGCCCCUGGCGAAAUCACAAUAGAAUCCAACACCACAGCUCUUCCUCCCAUCCUCAUGGACUCCACCAUUGCCAUCCCAACCACCCUCAUCCCUGUCUUCUCCAAUGUCACCUCCACUUCAAAUGAGACCACCACCCGAUCACCGGCCACUGAGACAGGCACUUCUGCCGAAACCGCAGAAGCUCCCAGCACCACCGUAACUGAUGACACCCCUCUUCCUGCCACCACUGCAGACACCAACACAACCUUUGCCACCACUGCAACCAUUUCCCUCACAUCCACCAUCGGUAUGCAUCACACUUUGCAUGUAAAUGAAACCACAAGCAGCACCAAUGUCACAAGAGCCACCAUGCCUGGUCUAGCCACAAUGCCUUCCAAAGGGCCUUCAGCGCCACUCAAGCCCAUGCCAAAUGCCACUAGCCCAGCGCUUAUCAGCAAAGCCACAGAAGUGAUAGAUAGGAGUCCAACAACUUCAAGUACCUCCACUGUCCAUGCUCCAGAAACAUUUCACAAGACAGAUGUCCCUCCUGGGUCUGUUCCAACACAGAAAACAACAUUGACGCCCACAGAGACAAGGAGAACCACCAGCAGGCCUGCCGCUGCAACCCCGCCAUCAUAUCCGACCCCAAAUGGCUACAUCAAUGUUCAGCCGCUAUCUGGGUCCGCUUCCAAGCCAGCUCUCCACUGGCUUUUUAUGACUUUGACCAUCACAGCUGUAAUCUCAGUCCUAAGGAUGUGUCUCUGAAACCACCGGUGCUGCCUGACCUCUGCCAAAUGUCUCCCUCUUCUCCCACAAGUUUCUUUUGUGAUGGCAACCAUGAUAGUUUCCAAGUCCUACAAGGAAAGCCAUUUUGACUCCAAGGACCAAAUCAAUCUGCUUUACCAGAAAAAUAGCACUGGCUGUGCAGCCUGUACACCAACCCUCUCUAGACUGUGUCAGUUCUUCACAUCAGCCUGAACCUUGGCCUGAUGUCUCCAGGGAUAGCUUGUUUGUGAUUCAACCAGCGGUGAUGACACUGUCCAGAAUAAUGUUUGAGUUUUGCAAUAGAUGGGUAUUUCAUCAAUGAAGUUAGUACCUGUGUGCCCAGGUGUACAAGCAUCCAGGUUCUAGAGGUGAAGGGCAAGACAUUUGGGAACGUUUUCCCAAGCAUCUUGCCUCGUUGCUAGCAUUCUGGGUAGAUCCCAGUGAGAGUGUUUGACAGUUUUCAUGUAUUGGCAGGAAUUUUGCAAUGUGUUGGAGGGAUAUUUGAAGGGGCCGAAUUGGCAAAUCGCUUUCUGCAGGCCCGCUUGAAAAGAUCUCGUGUGUUUAUAUGAGCAUGGGUUUUGUACAAGCAGACUGGAAAAUCGGAAGCAGCUCUUAAGGGCCAGGGCAACAUUUUUGAAUGCUGGGGAGAGAGAUGAUAUCUCUGCAACAGAAGUACUAUCUUUGAGGGAGACAUCUUGAUCCUUCAUCAAUGAUAUGUAACAACUGCAUAUUUUCUGGAUUGUGCUUCCCAUGAUCAGAAUUUAUAAAGUUUUCUCUUGGAUUUCAGCUGAUGCAUGUUGCCCAAUGCUUCAUUUAAGGUCGUGGGGAAUAUUUGGGUAGCACAUCCAGCUAGUUUGGUGCACACAGAGAGUCUAGUCAUAAGUGUGGGAAACUCCCAAAAGUUGGGGGAAGAUAAAGAAUGCCAAGAUGGCAUUCUGCAGCGCCAUUAUAGGACUCGGGUCAUUGGAAGCUCAUCAGGAACUAUUAACUUCCCUUGUUGCGCUGGUCAUAGACUGUAAUAAACCUUGAACUUGAACUAUUAAUUGGUACACUUUCCUGCAACUAGUGUAUAUAUCUGUUGAUCUUGUAUUGCUCGAAAUUAAACUUGUAGCUAAUUAAUUUCCCCCCUUCUAACCCAUCCAUGCACACAGCUGCUUCUUAUGGAAUGACUCUCUGUUUAGUUUUAAUAAGCAGUUAUAAAUAAAAAGAUGUUAUCGUCA